AUGCCCCGUCCUUUAUUAAAUGACAAGCAAAACUGUCAUCAAUGCGCAUUACUAAAGGGUAAGGAGAAGAAAAAUUCAUCGAUAGCUAACUCUAGAAUUAAAUGGCAGAGGGGAAAAGAUCAUCGUUUGCUAUCAUCACCGAUGGUUGUCGCAGUUUUCAACAAAACCAAGAUGAAUAUGGUGGUCCUUAAUGGAAGUAAUUUAACCAAAAAAAAUUUCUUCAAGUGCACGAUUUUACAGCCAGCCAUGUCUAGCAGACAUCCAGGUAUCAAUAUUAGGGAGAAAAAAGCUGACACUUUGCCAAAAACGGUUCAACGCCUCAAUAGCUUUUUAGGAGUGAAGGAAAAUUCCGCACUUUUAAGCAAAAUAAACAAGAACCAGUUGCAACCCCAAGAAAUUCAAAAUUCUUCCAAAAAUAUAUGCUUUUUUGUUUUUCAAGCCCACCUAAUGGCUUACAAUUUGUUAACUUCAAAGUGUGGAAUACCGGCCCUGCAUUUCCAAAUCACUUUGGGAUUUCUUCGAAUUUUAGGCAGUAAAAUAUUAUCUCAAGAUGUAAAUAAACGUAGUGCGAAAUAUGAAAUCACUUGUGAUUUAAAAGCUGUUUCGAAUUUUCUAACCAUCUGCCACGUCAAUUUUGUCAAAAAAGGAUAG